ACGGUUAAACGGAAGUGAUGGAAAUUUGGGCUGAAGAUUAUUGGGCUUAAGUUUAUCCUAGAAAUGAUAAGAUUAAAAUGUUAUUUUUGAAAAAAGGUUUUAAUUGAGUCAGGUUUUGGACUUCCUUAUGUAGCGUACGAUGGAAAAUAUAGUUGAAAGCUGGGAGCUAACAAAUGGGGUGGGGCUUGAAAUUGCAGAGGCAAAUUAUUUAAACAGAAAAAAUGGAACACACCAUCUAGGUAUGAAUGGAAUGAAACUAAGUAAUGGCAAAAGUUGCUCCCUGGAUAUACCUCCGAUGUUGCUCAAUAGAAAAGGAUGUGUUUUGAGUGAGAAGAUUUAUUCGAAAGCAAAGUCACAGAGCUCUGAAAUGUUGUUCAUUAACACUGUGAAGGAUUUCCGAACAUCACACAUUCAGCCUGAGGACGCUGCCCUUAUUGUCGAGGCCAGACCUAGAUCUCACCACUUCUUGUGGACUAUACCAGACCCAGGCAGUCAGAAGCUUAACUGGCACAAGGCUCCCCUUACAGUCCUGGUGGUCAAGAAGAUCUACGAUGAGUCAGUCCUACAGCCUUUUAAGAACCUCAUAUCAUGGCUUAUAGAGGUAAGGAAGAUGAUUGUAUAUGUGGAGAGCAACGUCCUUGAUGAUGGCAUCCUGGCUGAUGACACAAUGUUCAAGAAGUACAGGGGACGGCUGCAGACCUUCAAGCAAGGUCAAGAUGACCUCACAGACAAGAUAGACUUCAUCAUCUGUCUGGGUGGGGACGGUACCUUGUUACAUGCCUCCACACUAUUCCAGCAAAGCUGCCCCCCAGUUAUGGCGUUCCAUCAGGGCUCCCUUGGGUUCCUGACCCCUUUCACCUUUGACAACUUUGAGACCCAGGUUUCCCAAGUCCUUGAUGGGAAUGCUUCCUUGUUGCUAAGAUACCGUCUCAAGUGCGUGAUAUGUAAGGAAGAUUCAGACCUCGGGAGAGUGUCAAGGAUCAAACACAUUGACAGCAAAUCUCAGUGUGCCAAGUCUCAUAUACUGGUGCUCAAUGAAGUUGUAAUAGAUAGAGGCUCCUCUUCGUUCAUAUGCAAUAUUGACCUCUAUGUGGAAGGUCGCCUGGUGACCUCGGUGCAGGGAGAUGGUUUGAUCAUCUCCACCCCUACUGGCAGUACAGCGUACGCCGUGGCUGCAGGUGCCUCCAUGAUCCAUCCAAAUGUUCCUGCCAUCAUGAUCACGCCCAUCUGUCCACAUUCCUUGUCAUUCCGACCUAUUGUAGUUCCCGCUGGCGUGGAAAUCAAGGUAAUGUUAUCACCUGAUGCCAGAAAUUCUGCCAUGGUCUCAUUUGAUGGCAGAAAUCGCCAAGAAAUUCAUCAGGGGGAAAGUGUUCGAAUAACAACAGCACAGUUCCCGCUACCAGCAGUUUGCGCCAAGGACCAAAUAGAAGACUGGUUUGAUCGACUGGGCGAGUGUCUGCACUGGAAUGUGAGGAAAACUCAAAAACAGUUUGUCAGUUCUGAUGCAUACAGUGAUACCAGUCUGGUGAGCACAUCCAGUCACAGUCAGAAUGGAACUUCCAGUGAAAAAACUUCAGAAACUGACGGACAUUUGUAGCGACCAACUGUUUAUGUUUGUUGUAGAAUGGUCACAUGUAAUAUUAGACUGUGGAAACUCGGCUUUAUGCAUCUGGGUGGUGUCCUUCCAUAUAAACGUGUGUAGUCUGUACGGGCUUUAUGCAUCUGCGUGGUGUCCUUCCAUAUAAACCUGUGUAGUCUGUACAGGCUUUAUGCAUCUGCGUGGUGUCCUUUCAUAUAAACCUGUGUAGUCUGUACAGGCUUUAUGCAUCUACGUGGUGUCCUUCCAUAUAAACCUGUGUAGUCUGUACAGGCUUUAUGCAUCUGCAUGGUGUCCUUCCAUAUAAA